AUGGCUAAGAAACUCAUCCGCAGACAAUCGAUUUUCUCCAAGAUCAAGUCGUAUCCCUUCGACUUCUAUCUCUAUAUCAACGAGGUUGCCCUUUCCAUAGAAUGGGAUGAAUACAUCUGGACGAUAGCCAUGCCCUUGGGGGUCUUGCUAACGAUGACUUCCUUUGUGAUACAGGCAGUAUUAAACUACUACAAUUCCAUCAACUCUAAGUCCAAUAAUGCCUUGUUCAGCUCUGACUACUAUAAAUAUGAACGUUUGAAGAGUUCAAUGCUUUCAGGAAAUAGACGUAGUCUUAUUGCGUCUGAGGAAAAACACAUCACCACCUCAUUUGUAUGGUUCUUGAACACUGUUUCCACAGCCAUAAUAGUCAUUUCCCUUGUAAACACUUUCCAGAUCUUCUCAGCAAGAAGAUCAUACGGAUUGUUGUAUUGUAAAAGGAAGCCGGCUUCCUCAUCUGUCCUCAAGUCUUCACUACAAUCAAUAUCUGUCUUGAUGAAAGUGCUAGAAUACAUAUCUGAGCACUUUUUUCAAGUAUCAGAGGACACUACUCAUAUUGAAGAAGAGGAUGAUGACGAAGAAAACAUAAACGAAGAUGAGAUCUGGCAGUUGAAUGUUUGGGAUCCAUCAAAGUUCUCCUUGUAUGUAUUUAUGACAUUAAACCCCGUGAACUUGCUUCUUAUCCACAACUUGACUUCGAUUGCUUCCACGUCUUCGAUGCUUUUUGGCAUUGGAUCGAUAGCAUCAAUCUCGGCUACAUUUUAUUUCGUAAUUUCCAGAUUCCUAGAUUUAAUCAACGAUAAACAGAUCCUCUACCAGGAGAUGUUUCAGGAGUACAACAACAAGUUUGUGAAGCCGAAGACCAACAUCUUGAAGAAGGAUCUCAUGAUAGAUGCCACACAGGGCCCAUACGAGUCUGAGGUGCUAGUAGAUAUAAACCCGUACCUAUUCAAUAAGCUGCGCUUAUUUGUUACUCAUGACGUGAAGGGUAGACAAAUAAAUGAAUAUGUGCAACCAGACGAAGACGAAGCAAGAGACAACUCCAUUCGCGAACAGAUUCAGAACUCCGUGUUGCUUAAAGAUUCAACAGAAAUACUUGCACGUCUCCGUCAUGAUAAUGAAAACUUGAUGGCUCGCAACAACCAGUUUAACAGAAGAUUAUCCGCAAUGGGUGAAGAUCAACAUUAUUCAUUUGUCAGGCUGCACGACAAUGAUGUUGGUGAAGAUGAACACGAUCGUGAUUGGUAUACAUCUUCUACUCCCUUUACAUCUAGACAUCAUAAUGUAGAAAGUAGUAGAUUCAGUAUCCCAAAGCUAGAGAGAAACUCUUCCAUAUCGUAUACACCCAGGUUGCAGUCACCAUCGUUUUUCAACAGGUCUCCAAGUCCCAUCAGAUCUGGAGGACAUACUCCUUCACUCCAGAGAUCACCCAGUCCCGUGAGAUCACCAAGCUUGAAUAGACGACCAAGCAUAAAUAACAGGUCACCUAGUAGACCUUCUCCUGCGAAACAGUUCCUAGGAUUUGAACCAUUGCCUUUCAACAAAAGCAUCAAUAAUAACAAUCUUAACAAGUCUCCGUUCAGAUCUCCGUCGCCUACUAGACAAGGAUUUACUGACCAAUAUCAACCUUUCCGGUCGCCGUCUCCCAAAAGGCAUCCACCCUCCGAGUCACCCAAGCCUAAAUGGAAAUAA